CCGCUGUAAUAAACACCGCCUGCUCACAACACAAGUCGCGACAUAAACAAGCGCCCUGCUGCCGACGCUGUCCGGAUGGUUAAAUCCAACCUCCAGACGAUCCUAAAUAGCCAUUGUUUUGCCAGAGAAAAGGAAAGAAAUAUACACAAGAUGCCUGUAGUCGAAGUAACCCACAAUAAACCUGAGAUCAAAAGUUCCAGCAGGUGCCCUCGGUGUUGCAGUAACCCGUGUCCAGGGCCUCGGUGGUGUUCCGAUGCCCCUCACCCACCCCUAAAGAUCCCAGGUGGGCGAGGGAACGAUCAGAGGGAUCACAAUCUUUCAGCUAAGUUAUUCUAUUCUGACACUCAGUUGCUGGUCCUCGAAGAGCCUCCACCUUUAAACAGCCGCGUGAGAUUCUUGCUCUUUGAGCAGCGCAGUUCUGAGCUCAAGCCUGUAGUGUGGAGGGGGUCACUGGUCGGGGUUAGGCUUUUCAUCGAGAUCCCCCCAGGAGCUCUUCCUGAAGGAAGCAAGGACAGUUUUGCACUCUUGCUGGAGUUUGCAGAGGAGAAGCUUCAGGUUGAUUACGUUUUUAUUUGCUUCCAGAAAAAUCGUGACGACAGAGCAUCGCUGCUGCGGACGUUCAGUUUCCUGGGCUUUGAGAUUGUGAGACCGGGUCAUUCUCUUGUCCCAUCGCGCCCCGAUGCUUUCUUCAUGGCUUACAGCAUCGAAAGAGAAUUGGACAAUGAUGAAUGAUGGUUUUAUUGACUAUCACUACAGUGCUUUGUGCUGAUUCAAUCAAAUGUAUCACCUGUAAAAGAAUCUUAAACCUUUUCCUGCACCACGCUUUGAUGUAUCCUGUGAAUCCGUCAGUAGUGUCUCCGCUUCCCACUAAAUCAUUAGGCGAUCACAUUCCCACACACCGCUCUUUAGAGCCCAAUAUUUAUGGCUAUGUUCGAUUCCCUUGCAACAAAAUGUAUGUAAGCACAUUUGUUUCCUUCCUGAUUUUUACACUUUUUUUCUCUUCAUGUGUGCAUGAUUCUGAAAGUUUGUUUUAUGUUCAGUUGAACUAAUCUGCAUGCUGCCAGAGUGCAGAAUAAAGUUGCUCACCCUGUU